AUGAUGCAAAGUGCUUUAGUUGGAUCUUGGUACAACACUGGUUUCUAUGGCCACUACAGAGGCCAAUUCAAGAGUGAACUUGCUCAGGAUUACCGCCUGGCAGCCAAGCCCCAGCCUCCAGCAGUGUUCCUUCAAAGAAUUAAGGAACCACCAGGACAACACUUAUUCUCCAAACAUGACAAUCGUGGUCUCUUUGAUCCAGGAAUAGGGAAACGGAAAGCUUGGGAGAAGCUCAAGAAGAAAUGCAAUGUUUUCAGCUGGACUUCUGAUGAUGAAGCCCAGCGCCCCCUUGUUUCCAGUUACCAGAAGGACUACCAUGAGAAGAUGUCAGGUGGUGGCAUGGAUGUACCAAUUCUUCAGCCACUAGUCCACUACAUCCAGUCUGGAGCCCCACAAUCCCUAGACUUCAACCGAAUACCUAGCACCACCUACCACCACACCUUCUGCCAUCAAUUUAUAAGCCACAUGCCAGAGGUGAAGUUUAAAAGGGAAGUUUCUGAGACCAAGGAAAAACUGGGAAUUUCCAAGAUUUCUGAGUCCAAGGAAAAACUGGGGAUUUCCCAGACUUCUGAGUCCAAGGAAAAACUGGGGAUUUCCCCUUGCUCUACCUCGAGUAGUCUCUCCAAAGCUCUGCCAGAGCUCCCUUAUACAGUGAAUCGUAAGAAAGCAGAGCCCUUCUUGCCCUUCACUGUCUCUGACUGUUUACGUUGGCUCGACCCAUUAAAGUAA